GCUGGAUUGUCCGUCACUUUUAUCGAGGAAAUUUCUGCGAAAAUAUACGAGUUAGAUCCGCUGCCUCGACUAGUGCACAUGCCCACUGGAAUCGCGAUGAUAUUGCUGCGAGCUGUCAUUUUGCAUCUUUCCCGAUCCAAUCUCAUAUCUGCUGUCUGGCGCCGGUCACUUUCAGUCCAAGGUACUGGCCACAGGAAGAUGGUCAAUGGUCUAAAAAGUAGGACAGAGACCCAAGCCACCGGGGACUGGGAUUCUGAGUCGUCACUCGCCCCGCGUCUGACAGCGUGUAUUGGAUCUCCUCAGAGCUCUUCGUCUACAGCAGACGUGAUCUACGUGUUAUCGACAAGGUAUGUAGAUCAAGACGAAGAUGACGGGGAGACAAAGGUUCCAGCUCGGGCUGAAAGCUGUCCAGAGAGACAAAGAGAGAGAG